AUGGCUGAGAUAUCAGAUAUUACUAUCAGUCAUGCAACAGCUUUAGAUAUCAAAGAUGAUAAUUUAGUGGCGGAGCUUUUAGGCACCUGCUUAUUGAUGUUUGCUGGUUCUGCUGCAAUGGUGGUGAACAAGAACAUGAAUAUUCUAGGAAUAGCAGUUUUCAGGGGUUUGGAUGUGAUGGUUAUGAUUUACACUGUUGGGCAAGUUCCUGGUGCCCAUUUUAACCCUGCUGUCACCAUUGCUUUUGCUACAUCAUAUGCAUCAGCACACGUCGCAGGUGCAACUCUAGCAACUGGCACUGUGAGAUUAAUGUUCCAGGAAGAGCAACCUCAGUUUCUGGGAACAAUUCCAGCUGGCUCAGAUUUGCAGUCUCUUGGAUUAGAAUUCUUGAUCACUUUAUACCUCAUGUUAGCUGUUGCAGGCAUUGCAGUGAAUAAUCGACAUGUUGGAGAACUCACUGGACUUGUCAUUGGAGCUUAG